AUGUGUGAAAAGAAACAUAUCGACGUGGUGAAUGCGGAGGCCGUUCAGAUGCUGCGGGAUACUGUCAUUGAACCCGAGGGCUUGAUGAAACGUCCAAAGCGGUUCGCCAACAGCAUCAUCACGAGUCUAGUUUUCGGGGUUCGUACACCGGACAUCUCGACACCGCAUAUGCACCGAAUGUUCGAGCUCAUGGAGCAUUGGUCACUCGUCAUGGAGUUAGGCAGCACCCCUCCGGUCGACUUCUACCCGUUUCUCAAAUGGAUCCCAGAACGGUUCCUAGGAAACUGGUUGUCUCGAGCAAAUCGGGUCAAACAAGAAAUGCACUCUCUGUACGAAGACCUUGUCGCGGAUGUGAUCAAACGAAGACACUCCCUCGGUCCACGAGACUCCAUGCUGGACCGAGUUCUAGACCAACAAGACGCAGGGAAGCUGGAGCUGACCAAGCAUCAGCUUUAUUUCCUUGGGGGCAUCGUCAUCGAAGGCGGUUCAGAUACCACGGCGUCGGGACUCCUGGCGUUCCUCAAAGCUAUUGUAUGCUUUCCGGAGUUCCAGAAGAAAGCACAGGCCGAGAUCGAUAGUGUAGUCGGGGAGGACCGCACUCCUCAAUGGUCGGACUUUGAGAAGCUGCCUUAUGCCCACAUCGAUGGCAUGUUUUUGCCCAAAGGGAGCGCGGUCUUCUUCAACGUAUGGGGCUUGCACAGCGAUGAGAAGUAUAUCCAUGAGCCAGAACGUUUCACUCCAGAUCGUUUCGCUGGGCACACGCGUCUCGCACCUGAAUAUGCCACUUCGGCAGACUAUGAGUCUCGAGACCACUAUAACUACGGCGUCGGCAGAAGAUUGUGCCCCGGCAUCCACCUCGGCGAACGCAACCGGUGGAUUGGAAUGGCCAAGUUACUUUGGGCGUUUAAUUUCGAACAGGACGUUGAUUCAACCGGCAACCCGAUCCCGCUGGAUAUGAAUUAUAAAACGGGCUACAGUGAAGGGUUCAUUGUCUGCACGAACGACUUCCCGGCAAAGGUGACACCAAGGUCUGAGAAACGAGUCGAAACCAUCAUGCGAGAAUUCGACCAGGCGAAAUGCGAUGUGUUCUCGAGGUAUCCGUAG